GUUAUUUACUAAUGAAUGUAUUUAUCUAAUCCCAGUGACAAACGAUUCUCUGCUUUGGGCUUUGGGGCAAGAAUUCCACCUAAUUAUGAGGUGUCUCAUGACUUUGCCAUCAAUUUCAACCCGGAGGAUGAUGAAUGUGAAGAGAUCCAGGGGGUCGUGGAAGCCUACCAAAACUGCCUGCCCAAGAUCCAGCUCCACGGUCCCACUAAUGUGGCUCCCAUCAUCAACAGAAUAGCUAAACAGGCGGCUGGGAAAGAACCCAUCAAAGAUGCUUCUCUGUAUCAUAUCCUGCUGAUCCUCACAGACGGGGUGGUAACAGACAUGGCCGAUACACGGGAGGCCAUUGUUCGGGCCUCCUACCAGCCUAUGUCCAUCAUUAUAGUGGGAGUGGGAAACGCCGACUUCACGGACAUGCAGAUCCUUGAUGGAGAUGACGGAGUCCUUCGCUCACCCAAAGGGGAACCUGUCUUGAGGGACAUCGUCCAGUUUGUGCCCUUCAGAGACUUUAAAACGGCUUCACCAGCUGCCCUGGCAAAGUGUGUCCUAGCGGAGGUGCCUAAACAGGUAGUGGAGUACUUCAGUCACAAGGCCAUACCGCCGAUGAACCCAGUCCUCAAUUCAACCCCCAACUCCAUCGCCAACACACCUGAAUAACACUCCACCCGAGCUCCGGUCCAGCCCGAUGAGAGCUGGGCAGCACACAGUAUACACUGUCAUCCUGACUAUGUUUUGUUCAUUCGUAAGCUGUUCAUACAUGACUGACGGUUUGGAUCUCGGUGUCUGAUCUUGCCCUUGACACCAUGACUGCUCUCCCAGCAUGCAAACCGGAGUCCCUUUCCCCUCUGCCUCGCGCGAGAGCGAACAAUACAUUGAAUUCCCAUCAGCACCAGGCCUUCUGAUCCCCGCUGACUCUUUUCAGCUUCACAAGGCCACUUCUGCAGUCUGCUGUUUUGUAUGCCCUUCAGAGCUUUUGAAGACUUUGCUCUGCCUGCCUGUGGGCUCUUUUCAUUCCUGGACUCCUUGAGAACUGGAACGGAAAUGCUGAGAAAUAUACAAUACAAUGUAAUAUUAAUAAUCAAUCCAUAGAUAAUAGCAUGUACAUUGACUAAAAGAGUUUGCUUUGGUUUUGCUGGACAAAUAUGCAUAGUUCCUUGCUGAAAUCA